AUGCUUGACGAAAACCUUCCGACAUAUCGAUUCAAGCCCUCAUCCGAGAACCCCCUCAACACCCUUCUCUACUUCACACAGAAUGGAUCCGACCCCGCGCCCGAGUAUCUCCUCAAGCGGCCCUCGCCGAGCGAUGCCUCCGGACAGUACGCCAUCGGCCUGCUCGACUCCUUAAACUCGUCGGUGCUUUACGCCGAAGUUCUCCUCAAGCCUGACUGGGUCCAGCCCACACUGUCAGCCGCCGAAGUCCGCGCCCAGAACGGGAACCCGCCGCCCAAGACUCCCGUCACCCCCGAUAACUUUUCCAUCUCGCUCUACAACCCCGACCAGGCUGUCCCAGUGAAACAGAACCAAGGGAGCUGGGGAAAGUCAAACCAAUGGGAGUUUGAGCUUCCAGAGAGGUCAUUCAAGCUGCCCAGUGCUAGCCAGAUUGACCAGGAUGCAGACCGGACGGCUAUUUCGGAGUUGGUCCCCAAGAUUGUCUUUCGCUGGAAGCGCGAUGGUCGCCUGAGCAAAGAUAUGACAUGUUAUAUGACUGGAAAGAGCGUGGGUGGAAAGAAGAGCAAGGAACCCGAUAUCACUGUUGCUUUCUUCCGGGCAAAGCACGACUCGACCUUGACCCUCUACGAGCCUAACAUGGCGCGUGUUGAGAUUGAGGAUCGUAGGGGCCUUGAGAUUGCCCUCCUCAUGAGCGCUGAGACCAUCCGAGAUCUCUACCUUAACCCACGUCAUGAUCCGUUCAACUUGUCUGCUUCUUCGGGCGGCCGACGGCGCCAGAAUUCCCGACCUCCAGCUGGCCCAACCAUGUCUGGUGCUAUUGGCAACAACCGUCCGUCAUCGCCUCCCAGAGCACAGGCGCCCAACAACGAUGCCCAGCGUCAAGCCGAGAUUGACGCUGAAACACAGAGACUGAAGGCCAUGGUAGCCGAGGAAGAGCGACAGACUCGGGAACGUGAGCAGCAAGAGGAGAAUGAACGCAAGAGAAUCCAAAAAAUGCUCGAGGAUGAGGAAAAGGAGCGUCGGAGACGAGAGGCUGAGAUUGAUGAGGAGACUGAGCGCUUGCGUCGUGAGUACGGCAUGGACGGUCAGGACUUUGGAAACCAGACCAGUCCUACCAAUACGUCACCACGAUUGCCUCCACGACCUCAGUUUGCCUCUGGAGCCCUGAAUGUUCCAUCGGGAUCACCUGGUCUGCCUCCGAGACCUAAUAGCGUUGGACCUACUCCCAACAGCCCACCUCAGCCAAACUACUUUGCGCCGCCGCCGCAACAUGCCCAGCCAGGCCCUAGCGGAGAUGGCAGGAAGCGCCAGGGCCUUGGAGGUCUCUUGUCAGGAGCGGCACCCUAUGCUGGCCCUGCGGCGGCGAGUGUGAGCGGCUUCUUUAGCGGCCGGAAGGAGGAGGACAAGAAGAAGAAGAUCAAGAAGAAGCGAAGCGUGCAUUUCUAA